UCAAAUCUCACAUGGCCAUGGCCAUUCUGAGCUCACCCGAGAAUGCCCUGCUGGCCAGCAUCAGCUGCUGGGGAGAGCUCCCCCAAGUCCCCUUCACCAGAUCAUGCAAGACCCUCCUCUUCCCGCCGCUCCCGCUCUCGAAUCUCGGAGUUUCUUGCUCCAACUGCCCUUCUCCCGUUCUCGAGGAACACUCCGGCGCCUCCCCUUCGACGCAGUUCGACUCGCGAGCGACGGAUCCUCUGCAAGGUCCGACCACGGACUCCGAGAGUUUCGACAGAUUCUUACGCGGGUUAUUCGAAGCUCCUGAAACCGAGAAGUUCGCUUACGAGUACUACGCGAAGGCGAAAGAGAGUCCCAACUUCGAGCCGGAGAAGUCUACGGUGGAUAGCCUCGCCAGGUACCUGAUGAAGGAAAAGAAGUGGGAUUUGAUUGCGGGUCUUUCUUGUGAUUUCGAGGUUUACAAUGUGUUCCCUGAUAAAGUUACCUGUGCUAGACUGGUCAGUAAUUGCAUCGAAGCUAGGAAAUUUAGAGUAGCUGAUGGUAUACUUGAAGUGUUAGGACCGAAUCGAGAGGCCGGUCUGUUGGCAUUCGAUGCGGCAAUGCGAGGUUAUAACAAGCUCCAUAUGUAUAGCAGCACGAUUGUCGUGCACGAACGGAUGAGAUCCAUAGGGGUUGCUCUGGAUCCUGCAUGUUAUUACCGGAUAAUGGAAGCUCACAUGAAAAUUGGGGAUGUUGCGAAAGUUGUCGAGUUGUUUCGUGAGUUUGAAAGCAGGCAAUUCGCUGCGACUUCCUUUUCAACUCGGAUUUUCAGUGUUGUUUUCCAGUCGCUAUGCAAAUCUAGAAGAGCCUCUGAGGCUCUCGAGUAUUUUAAGAAAAUGAAAAUCAGUGGAAUUGCUGUCGACGGCAAAAUUUAUGCAUCAUUGAUAUCUUCAUUUGCGAGCAUCGGGGAAAUAAAAGUAGCCGAACAGCUUUUCAAUGAAGCCAGUAAAGAGAACAUAUUGUUGAGGGAUCCGGACAUGUUCCUAAAGCUUGUUUUGAUGUACAUAGAAGAAGGAUUCCUGGAGAAAAAUUUUCAGGUCAUCGAGGCAAUGAAGGGCAUGAAUCUGAAAGUGUCUGAUUGCAUAAUGUGUGCGAUAGUCAAUGGCUUUUCAAAGAAGCGCGGGUCCAUGGCUGCGGUUAGGGUGUACGAAACUCUCAUCUCUCGGGGAUGCGAGCCUGGGCAAGUGACGUAUGCUUCAGUCAUAAGUGCAUAUUGCCGUGUCAGGCUCUACUCCCGAGCCGAGGCGCUUUUCUCGGAGAUGGAAACCAAGGGGUACGACAAAUGUGUCGUGGCAUACUCUAGCAUGGUUGCCAUGUAUGGCAAGAGAGGAAAAAUAAGAGAAGCAAUGAAACUGGUAGCAAAAAUGAAAGCCAGAGGAUGCAAACCGAAUGUAUGGGUGUACAACACCUUAUUGGAAAUCCAUGGUAGGGCGAAGAACUUGAGGCAGGUCGACAAAAUAUGGAAGGAAAUGAAGAGAAAGAAGGUGGCACCUGACAAGGUUAGUUACACGAGCCUCAUCGCCGCAUACAAUAGGGCUAGGGAGUUCGAGACGUGCAUAAAAUUCUACGAGGAGUUUCGGGCAAAUGGGGGCUCGAUCGAUAGAGCAAUGGGUGGGAUCAUGGUGGGGGUUUUCUCAAAGAGCAGCCGCAUUGAGGAGUUGAUUAGGUUUCUUCAGGACAUGAAAUCGGAGGGAACAGAGUUGGAUGGGCGGCUUUACGGGUCAGCUUUGAAUGCACUGAGAGAUUCUGGCCUGCUAGUUCAAGCAAGGUGGUUCCAGGAAAGCUUCAGCAUGGCUCAAGUUAAAGGAGUUCCUAGUUAAGACUAUUUUACCGAUCGACUGAUACAAUAGAUUUGACCGUUCGCAAUUCAGGUUUGGUGUCCUCUGCAUUCAACUUGUACAGUUUCAUGCUUCUCCCACGGGUGGAUGCUCUAUUCUGUAUAGUUCAAUUGUAAAUUAGCAAUACUCAGUUGAAUUCUUUCUGGGAAUAUACUGGAGAUGCUUGCCAACACAAGCGGUUGUUGGGAGAAAAAAACCCAAAACGACGGAUCUUCUUUUUGUUUGUCAAUACAAAUGAGAAAAUGUGUUGUGGGAUUGACUGAA